CCGGAGUAGCGCGGAGUGAGGAGCCCUUUCAUCCCGGCCCCAAUUUUCUUUCGGAUUUUCUUGAAAUUCAAUUUUUUAAUUCAAGCAGUCAGCAAAUAAAGUGCAAUUUCUACCAGUCAUUUGAAAAGAGAAACAAGCAAAAAAGGAUUUUUUUUUUGUGUGUGGAAGUCAUUCGCCUAUUCAAGAAAAAGGAAAACAUGAAUCAAGGUUACAAUAAAGCCAUGCUGCGAUACAUUUUCACGCUGCUCCUCAUUACACAGAUUUCUGCCGAUUAUGGUAGAAAGAGCCCAAGCAGUGGACCUGGUCCAGGUGGCGGUAGAGCUGUGCCUUUAACCGGCCCUGUCUCUCCUCUGCUUCCCGUACGGACGCCAUUGCCCGUAGUUGCCGCAUCUGCGAAAUUGCCAGCAGCAGCUAAUGUACGACAGCAGACGAAACCUUCGAAUUUGACGAAACCCAUUACGGCGAGUCGAGGACGAGCAACUUUGGGAGCACCGGUUUUGCGACCACGUUCCGAAGUCUUUUUCCUUCACCUCGACGACGGUUAUUUCGGGUGCCAGGUGAACGAGUCAACCGACGUCCUUCAGCUUUACGACAUUUCAAAGUUGUGCGACGGCAUAUCCGACUGUUUCCUCGGCUCGGACGAGAACCGUGGCAAACUCAAAUGCACAGGAGAUUGUGUCUUGACGGAAGGUGCUCGUUGCCAAAAUGGCGCCUGUCUCGAUCACGAAUGCCAUUGCAAUGACGGCUACGGAGGCUGCGGCUGCUCGACGCCAGACGAGAACGAGUGCAAGUAUCGACCUUGUGACGUGUUCGCCCAGUGUACCAACACUCUGGGCAGUUUCACCUGUACCUGCUACCCCGGCUACGAAGGCGACGGCUUCACCUGCACAGAUAUCGACGAGUGCAAGGAUCCGGCAUUGGCGGCCAAGUGCGUGGAGAACGCCGAGUGCUGCAACCUGCCGGCCCACUAUUCGUGCAAAUGCAAACCCGGUUUCCAAGGCGAUGGAGAGAAGGAAUGUCUCGACAUUGACGAGUGCCAAAAUCCUGGAUCGUGCGGCCUUAAUGCCCUUUGUCAGAAUACCCCAGGCAACUACACCUGCACCUGCCCCAACGGCUACGGAGGCAACCCUUACGAUGGCUGCGCCGAUAUCGAUGAAUGUGAAAUUGGCAAUGCCUGCGGCACCGGAAGCCUCUGCACGAACACGGACGGCGGUUACAAAUGCACAUGCCCGGCCGGUUUCACCGGUGACCCCAAAGUGGCUUGCGUUGACGUCGACGAAUGCGCACCACCGCCGCCCGGCGUCAAGGCGACUCCCGUGUGCGGAAGAAGCGCCAUCUGCGAUAACCUGCCCGGAACCUUUAGAUGCCAGUGCCCGCCAGGAUUCAAGGGCGACCCCAAAAUUGCCUGUCAAGACAUCAACGAGUGCCUGGGUAAACCGUGCGGCGCCAAUGCGACCUGUACCGACACCAUAGGCAGUUUCAGCUGUUCCUGCUCCCAGGACUUUACUGGAGACCCCUACCGAGGAUGUUCAGACAUUGACGAGUGUGCCGUGCUGGCAAGUCCGUGUGGUAAGCAGGCCAUCUGCGAGAACACUGUGCCCGGCUACAAUUGUCGCUGCCCUCAAGGAUAUGCCGGCCAACCUACACCGGACGUCGCAUGCGAACAGGUGGACGUCGCGACCGACUGCAAGGGCAAUUUCGACUGCGUCAACAACGCCGAGUGCCUGGACGGACAGUGUUUCUGCCGGAACGGUUUCACGCCGUCGGGCCCGACUUGCGUCGACAUCGACGAGUGCCUCAAGGCUCCGUGCGGACCCAACUCGGUCUGCACCAACCUGGCCGGCAGCCAUCGUUGCGAAUGCGAGGCCGGCUUUGUCGGCAAACCGCCCACGACUCCAUGCAAAGCUCCAUGCGAAGAUGUUAAAUGCGGUACUCAUGCAACUUGCAAGACCCAAGGCGAAGAAGCUUUCUGCGUUUGCGACGAAGGUUGGACCUACGAUCCGGCCAAUAUCGCCGCCGGAUGUCAGGAUAUCGACGAAUGCGACCUCGCCCAGGGCCUUCUCAGUCGUUGCGGAGAGGGUGCGAUUUGUAGCAACACGCCCGGCAGCUUUAGUUGCCAGUGCCCUCCGGGCUUUUCCGGCGACCCGUCCACCAGAUGCUUGGAUAUCGACGAAUGCCAACGACCGGGUGUUUGCGGCACGGGAGCCAUCUGCGUCAACAUUCCCGGUUCGCACGAAUGUCGCUGCCCGGACGGGACAGCCCCGGAGCCCGAUGCCCGCACCAAAUGCGUUUCCCUUUUGCGCUGCGCCAUCGACGACGAUUGUCCAGGCAACGCCGUUUGCGACCCGACCAAAGAGUGUUUAUGCCCCGAACCCAACGUCGGCAAAGACUGCAGACAUCCGUGUGAAAGUGUCCGCUGCUCGGCCAAUCAGGAAUGCAUGCUCAUCAACGACGUGGCCAAAUGCAUGUGCUCGUCCGGUUUCACCGGUGGGCCAAAUGGCGGAUGUGUCGACAUUGACGAAUGCUCUACCGGCCAGCAGCCUUGCGCCCAGGGAGCCGUUUGUCGCAAUGAACCAGGCCGUUUCGUCUGUGAGUGUCCCAACGGGUUCGAAGGCGAGCCGUACAAGGCCGGCUGCAUUGAGAAAGCCACAGCUCCACCGGGCUGCAGCAUCCUUCCCUGUCCGAGCGGAGAAGUUUGCGUUCCAUCGGACAAUGGCGGCGUUUGCGUCUGUUCCAGAGGCUGGGUCCGCGACCAAGUCACUGGACUCUGCCGCGACAUCAACGAGUGUCUCGAAUCACCAGCCGAUAAACCCGCUUGCGGUUUCAGGGCCGUCUGUAAGAACUUGCCCGGCAGUUACGACUGUUCCUGCCCGGACGGCUACGAGGGAAAUCCGUUCCAGAGCUGCGACGUCUGCGACAGUGUUGAAUGCCGAUGCCAACCGCCUUAUAAAGUCGUCGGAGGCGCUUGUCUCCUGGCCGACUGCGCUGGCGGCCGCCAGACCUGCCCGUCCGGCGCUGAAUGCAUCACCGUCACCGGCGGAGUUAGCUACUGCGCCUGCCCAUCCGGUUUCCGCGCCAGACCCGACGGAUCGUGCGAAGACGUCAACGAAUGUCAAGAAGGAAUCAACGGCCAGUCGGCCUGCGGUUUCGGAGCCGAAUGUUUCAACCGGCCAGGCCGUUUCGACUGUCAAUGUCCGGGCAACUUCAGCGGCGACCCUUACAAAGGCGUCUGCGCUCCGAGCCAAGUCCGAUGCGUCUCCGACACGGAAUGCGGGACCAACGAGCGCUGCGUCCAGCCGGGCGAGUGCGUUUGCCCGCCGCCUUACUACACCGACACGGAAGACGCCAACAAAUGCAAAAGCCCGUGCGAGCGUCACGCUUGCGGAGUCAACAGCAAAUGCACGCCGUCCGACCCGCCCAAGUGCAUGUGCGAGCCUGGACACACUGGAAACCCGACUGUCGGCUGCAGCGAUAUUGACGAAUGUCGAGACAAUCCUUGCGGUCCAGGAGCACUUUGCAUCAAUGAGAACGGCGGUUUCAAAUGUCGUUGUCCCACCGGACAACAAGGCGACGCCUAUCAGGAGGGAUGUCGCGGAGAAGCUCGAUCCGAAUGCCAAGCCGACGAUGAAUGUGACGGACAACUGGCCUGCAUCCAGGGCGGUUGCGUCAAUCCGUGCCAGGCCCUGCCGUGCGGAGCCAACGCUUACUGCGAGCCGGAAGAGCACGCCGCUUGGUGUCGCUGUCUGCCCGGCUUUAAAGAGGACAGUAAGACGGGCGCUUGCAUCUCCCUGUGUCAAGACAUCCUCUGCGGAGAGAACGCCCAGUGCGUCGUCUCUUCCGCGACGUCCCAGGGCGGAACAUCCACCACUUGCGCUUGUCUCGAAGGCUACAACGGCAAUCCGUUCCCAGGCGGUUCCUGCUCGCCGGACGUCUGUUCGGCCUCGCUACCUUGUCAGGAGCCUCAAGUCUGCGUCUCCGGACGGUGCAAAGAGCGCUGCGAAGGCGUCACUUGCGGCGUCGGAGCCAAAUGCGACAAAGCCACCAACCAGUGCGUCUGUUUGCCGUUUUUCAUCGGAAAACCGGACCUUCUCUGCGUGCCGCCCGUCGUUCCGCCCGUCUGCCAGCCGCCUUGCGGACGCAACUCGCACUGCGAGUACGGACAGCCCAACCGAUGCGUCUGCCAUCCGGGUACAUCGGGCAAUCCCUACGAAUCUUGCGGCGCCCAGGAAAGGACCUGCGACGCCACCAAGUGCGGAGUCAACGCCGAAUGUCGCCAGGGAGUCAACCGAGUCGACUGCGUCUGCCCAGUUGGUUAUCAGGGCAAUCCUUACGUGGCUUGCGAAGAUGUCAACGAAUGUAUCGGAAACGCUUGCGGAGCCAACGCCGUUUGUCUCAACACUCCAGGAAGCUACGACUGUCGCUGUCAGGAAGAUUUCUCCGGCAAUCCGUUCAUGAUGUGCAUGCCCAUCAGCACCGCACCACCUGUCCAGCCAUCUGUCGCCGAUCCGUGCUCGUCUGUUAGUUGCGGACCGAAUGCUGGUUGUCGCAACGGUCAGUGCGUGUGCCUUCCUGGUUACUCCGCCAGCGCUGGAGGACAAUGCUCCGUUCCGUCUUGUCGCAACGAUUUGGACUGUUCCAGCCGAGAAGUUUGCCUUCCGGUCGAUCAGAGCGUCAAGAACGGAGGCGUCCGUCGUUGCGUCGACGCCUGCUCCCGCGAGCAGUGCGGACCUAACGCCGUUUGCGUCGCCGACGCCCACCGAGCCUCUUGUAUCUGCCGCGACGGGUUCCAGGGCAACGCCAACAACCUGGCCGUCGGUUGCCAGCCGGAACCGGCCGGCGACAAGUGCGGAAGAGACGACGAAUGCCCGGGAGAUUCCGUCUGCGGUAAAGAUAUCGACGGUAUCCGCCAGUGCGUCGAUCCCUGCAAAUCCUUCACCUGCGCCCAGAGCGAAAUUUGCGUCAUCAAGGCCAGCAAGGCCCAUUGCGAGUGUCUAUCUAAUUUCGUACGCAACCCGGCCACGGGAUCUUGCGAAAAACCAGGACUUCCCGAUUGCGUCACCAACGCCGACUGUAAAUCCGAUUCCGUCUGUCGUCCGGACGUUUUGGGAGUUCGUAAAUGCACGGCAGUCUGCGCUGGAUACACUUGUUCCGCCAAUUCCGACUGCCGGGCGGCCAACCACGUUGGCCAGUGCGUUUGCCGGGCCGGUUUCACUGGAAAUCCCAACGACCGAAACGGCUGCCGCUCCGUGCCUAAAGAUCAAUGCCAAACGGACGCCCAGUGUAGCGAAGUCGAGGCUUGCAAGCCGGACAGCACCGGAGUCCGUCGAUGCGUGCCCAUCUGCCCGUCGGUUCGCUGCGGCAACGGAGCCGUCUGCGUCGCCAACAAUCACGCGGCCAAAUGCGCCUGCCCGACGACCGGCCUCUACGCCGGCGAUCCGUCCGGCCCGCAAGGUUGUCGCAAGGUCGAAUGUUUGGCUAAUGGCGACUGCCCUGGAACCAAAUCGUGCGACCGCACCACCUACACCUGUAAACCCGUCUGCGUUGCCAACAGUUGCGGCAAGAAUGCCAUCUGCCUGGCCGAGAACCACAUGGCCAUGUGCUCUUGCCCGGCUGGAUUGGAGCCCAACCCUCACCCGGAAAUCGAAUGCGUUCCAGCCGACCUUUGCACUUCGCAACCUUGUCACGCUUCUGCCAUCUGCUCCACAUCUGCUGGAAGAGUAAUUUGCUCUUGCCCGUUAGACAAAGUUGGAGAUGCCUACAGGACUGGAUGCCGUGCUAAUGGAACUUGCCCCAAUGGGAAUACAGACUGCCCAUCAGAAGCUUCUUGCCUGGACGGCCGCUGCGUCGAUCCGUGCGAUGCCUUCUGCGGACCGAACGCCGCAUGCCGAGUCAUCAACCACAAGCCUUCGUGCUCCUGCCCGCCACGUUUCAAUCCGAAUCCGACAGCCGAUCGCGGAUGUGUCCGCCAGCCUCAGAGUUGCCGUUCAGAUGGCGAUUGCCCAACGGGCAGUCCUUGUAUGGGUGGCCAAUGCAAAGCCGUAUGCCGAAACGAAUAUGAUUGCGCCCAAGGCGAGCGCUGCGUGUCCAGCAUGUGCCAACUUCCCUGUCUGAGCCACGGCCAGUGCCCCAACGGUCAGGCGUGCGUCGGAAGCUACUGCAAAGCGGGCUGCCGUGCCGAUACGGACUGCCCCAUCAAUCAGGCCUGUCUGAAUCAUCGAUGCGAGAAUCCUUGUCAACGUGAAGGCGUGUGCGGUACCAACGCCCUCUGCCGUGUCAUCGACCGUUCAGCGCAAUGCGCUUGCCCCGACGGAUUCAUGGGAGGACCUACCGCCCAGCAAGGUUGCAUGCGCAAUCCGGUCUACUGCCAAUCUGGAACGGCUUGUCCAGCCGGUCAAACUUGCCAAUCCGGCCGAUGUUAUCCGACCUGCCGCGAAGGUGCGCCCAACACUUGCGUGGGCGGAGAACGUUGCUUGUCCGGCCAGUGCGUCAAGAUCUGCUACAGCGACAACAACUGCAUGCCGGGCGAAGUCUGUAUCGAUGGCGGAUGCCGGCCAGGAUGUCGAUCGGAUACCGAUUGCUCCAAUAGCCAAGUCUGUAGAAACAGCCAAUGUCGAUGCGCCCCUGGCUACGCUGCCGGAACCAACGGAGUGUGCGUCGAUGUGGACGAAUGCCUGAACCGCCCGUGUCACGCCACCGCUCAAUGUACGAACACGGUCGGAUCCUUCCGCUGUUCAUGCCGACCUGGAACCGUCGGCGAUGGAUAUAGCGAAGCUUGCGUCGCUGCCAACGAGUGUGAAGCCAGCUCCGCUUGCGCGGACCAUCUGGCUUGCCUUGUCCGUCAAGGCGGCACGAAAGCUUGCGCCGACCCUUGCACGACUUCGCCCUGCGGUCGUAACGCCCUCUGCACGGUCGUUGACCAUCAGCCAUCCUGCAGCUGUCCGCCAACUACUCGAGGCAAUCCGAACGAUUCGAAAGUAGGCUGUUUCCGCGUUGAUUGUAUCGAGAAUGAAGAUUGUCCUCAGGAUCGUACUUGCGACAAGCAAUCGUUCAAAUGCAUCAAUCCUUGCGAUUCAAUGGAAUGCUACAACGGACUCUGCCAAGUCAAGAACCGCAAAGCCAUCUGCCAAUGCGCUCCGGGAUUCCGCCCGUCUUCAGACAACAAAUGCGUCGAUGUCGACGAGUGCAGCUCAAAUCCGUGCCACCCGACUGCCACCUGUCGUAACACGCCUGGCAACUUCCAGUGCGUCUGUCCAGAUGGUUUAGUGGGAGAACCGUACAAGGCCGGUUGUAAGAGACCAGGUCACUGUGUCGUCGAUUCCGAUUGUCCAUUGACGGCCUCUUGCAUCUCUGGUACCUGUAAAGACCCUUGUGGAUUAGCAGGUGCUUGUGGUAAAGGGUCAGAUUGUGUGACUGAAAACCACUUACCAGUCUGUCGCUGCCCGUUCCAAACCACCGGCAACCCAAAAACUGAAUGUUACACGCUCCAGUGCGUCGACGGAUCCGAUUGCGGAGCCAAAGAGGCCUGCGUCAACAACAAGUGCGUCGAUCCUUGCGCCGCAUCCAACGCAUGCGGUUCCAACAGCGUCUGCUCGGCCGUCAACCACCGAGCUGUUUGUGAAUGUAAAACUGGAUUUACUGGAAGCCCUUACCAAGGUUGCGUUGCGUUAGUCCUUUGCGCUUCUGAAUCGCAGUGCCCGACGUCGCAAACGUGCACGGGUGGUGUCUGCGUCUCUCGUUGUCAAAGUAGCCGCGACUGUCUGCCAUCGCAGCACUGCAUCGAAGGCAAAUGUCGUCCGGCUUGCACGAAAAGCAUGGAAUGCGCCGACGGACAGGUCUGUUACAACAGCGUCUGCGUCCAGGAGGUGCGCUGCCGCAGCGACCAGGAGUGCGACGACGGUCAGAGCUGUCUGAAAUCCAACAACGGCCAAGCCGAAUGCCGGAAUCCUUGCGACGGCGCCGUCAUUUGCGGCCGCAACGCCGAUUCUUCGGAAAUCCCCAGGACGACAAAAUCGGCUGCUUGA